AUGAUCACAACGCCAUCACCACCACCCCUGCAGCUGCCUAUGAAGCCUAUCGAUGAUAUGCCUGAAGCUUUUUCCAGCCGACAGUCAUUUAAUAAUUCACAUGUAGGAUUUAUCAGUCCAGUUGUAUCACAGACUACCAGUGAAACAACUAAUUUUAAAAGUGACAGCUAUCGAUUAACGGAGCGUUUGACUUGCCCACAAUCAGGAAUAAUUGAAGAUAAUAAUACAUGCUCAUUUCAAACACCAUUAGAAGCGUUUCAACUGUUUUGUUCAUCAAGGAGAAGUCAUUUAAAAUCUCCAGAUUUUCAUUCUGCACCAGUGGUUAUUCCACGUCCUGAACAACUAUUAGCCUUGACAAUGUUACAAAAUCGUAAGUCCUUUAAACUGCCUUCAAUAAAGAAUAAUGAUGACAUUAUUUCAACAUCAUAUAGUGAAUCCAUUCAACAUUUUAAAAAUGUCCCAUUCAGUAAUUUAUUUCCUUCAUUAUCACAUUUAAAUGAUUAUCGAUUUUUUAAUCCGAUCAACAGUUAUCCAAAUUCAAAUCAUAAUCGAUUCGAUCUGAUGUCAACUUAUUUAAAAAUGUUGGAGAGAUCAAAAAAUUAUCUAAAAUCAUUUAUUUCAAAUCUAAAUUCAACAGGAAUUUAUAAUAAUGAUAACAACAGCGGUAAUAAUAAUAAUUUGUCUUAUGAGACUACAACUAAAUGGUUAUUAUCACUGAGGAAAACUGCACUUGCAGAAGAUACAAGUGCGGAAUUUCGGAAUCCGAUUAAAACAAAAGUCUCACAGACGACCUUGAAAUCCCAUUUCAAUAAUAAGUGUGGUGAUGGUGACAGUAAUAAGCAUAAUAAGAGUAAAAUUAAUACAGAUGAGAAGGAUAAUGAAGCCUUAUCACAUGUGUUCAAUGUGUUCACAUCAGAUAAUCUAAAAGUUCAAACCAUCUCCUCCUCUUCCUUUACAAAUCAACUUUCACCAAAACGUGAACGAUAUAGUUGUCAUUUCUGUGGUAAACUGUUUCCUCGAUCAGCUAAUCUUACUAGACAUAUACGAACGCAUACAGGUGAACAACCUUAUAAGUGUAUUCAUUGUCCAAGAUCGUUUAGUAUUAGUUCAAAUUUACAACGCCAUAUACGUAAUAUUCAUCAAAAAGAAAGACCAUUUCAUUGUAGUGUCUGUUUAAAACGUUUUGGACAGCGAGCCAACUUAGAGCGACAUAUUCGAAAUCAUUUGAUUAGUCUGAAUCCUGCUCGCGAUGCACAUAAUCAGUCAUCUUAUAGUCAAACUGAACGUCAAUUAAUGAAUUGA